AUGGCUUCCUCAAAAGGGAAGCACAAUUCGCUCAAGCGAAUGCACCAGGAUAUCUGGUGGAGGGCAAAAAGUAAGUGGGGACCGCAUUCCUUACACCAGCGUAACUAUCCCCAUCACGCGAGACACCACUAACCUUAUUCGCGCACCCACACAGAGCCCUACAACGACAUCUUUGGAAGAGAAGAGAAGAAGAAGCGCAAUAUGAGCGAGGGGGGGGAGGAAGUAGUUGGCCUCGGCCUUCAAUUGGGUAUGGAAGCCUGGUUACACGACACUAUCGCCGCAUCUAACGAGGGUAUCGCAGUGGGGGUGAAUCUCGAGGAUUCACCCGCAAUAUCAACGUUUGCCGCAAGGCGCAAGAGCAAGGGAAAGGAGAAAGCGGUCCAGGGAGAGGAGGAAGAGGAAGAUACCGGCAAGAGUCACGGUGUUCUAAGGUUAAUGGGGUCUCCAGAUCGAGACCAAGGUGAAAGUGACUUCUUCGUCGGGGUCUUCCCCUCCAACUCUCCCCGAACGCCACUCCCGCCAGGAACGGAACUCGACAAUUUCAAGCUCAUCGAUGAAUUGCUGGAGGAGAACUAUCGUGGUCAAGCUGUGUCGUUCGUCCGUAACGCCCGGAGUGCCAGGAAUACCCUUACUACCAAUACGCCAUCCAAUCCCACCGACGCAAGCAAAGCUAGCAUAGCCACGGAAUCAGCAGCUGCGGUACUUUCGCGAUCCGUCUCAGACUUGUCCAACACCAGUGGCGAUCAAGUGCUCUCUCCCAACGGCUUCUACACUCCGACUCGCAUCAAUCCUCGUGCAAACAAGAACACCAGCUUUGCUGCGUUGCAACGAUCUACCGUCACUCCCAACACUGACCGAAGCCGCCAAUUUAUUCUUCCCGAUCGCAAAUCCUAUCAAACUCGCCGUGGUCGUGUCGUUGUGGAAGCAGUUGGUGUUCACCACAGCCCCGAGUCCCCACACGCUACGUACAAUCAUAGGAUCUACGCCAUCCCUGCACCGCUCAGCAGCCCAACUCCUCUCAUCCCGAAGCGCCGGCCCCUGAACAACCCAGAAAUCAUCCGCGGUCACUUGUACUUUACCAACGACGAACGUCAAGCCAUCGCUGAACUCGUCGCUGCUAACCUCAGACCCUGUGAACACGGCAACAACAGUACCGAUUGUCUCGAUUUCGAAUACGCACAUCACGAAAACAAAGCCAUGUCUACCUCCCUUCCACCAGAAGAGCGUCAGAAGAUCAUCAACAACAAUCGAUCUCUGCGCAAUAUCAAGAAUGUAUGUAUUUCCCGCUUCACCAUCUUACCUCUACUAAUGACUUCCCACAGGAGCUCGAGAACUUGGCUGAGAGCGAAACGAUCAGCGAUGAAGUCUACGACUCCAUCAUGAAAUCCCUCCCCAAUGAAUCUCCUCUCAACGGCUCUGCUCGCGCACCGCCACCCGCGGUCUCUACCAACGCAAUGGCCGUCAUGAAGGUCAACGACGCACCACCACCAGCCUACAACACACCACCCUCCCUCCCAUCCCGCCAGAACACCAAGCCAGAGCUCACCCGCGCNGGCCGUCAUGAAGGUCAACGACGCACCACCACCAGCCUACAACACACCACCCUCCCUCCCAUCCCGCCAGAACACCAAGCCAGAGCUCACCCGCGCAAUCGCACUCUACCGCUACGCCGAGCCCGGCGACUGCAACUUCGAAGUCGGCGACCACAUUUCCGUCCUCGAAUACAUGAAUGCCGACUGGUGGCUCGGCAAGAAUAUACGAACCGGACAAGAAGGUGUCUUCCCGGUGAAUUACGUACAAGCUACCGCCAACGCUCCCUCUCCUCACGGCGCAUAUGGAAAUGAAAAGGCGGGUGCAUAUCAAAGUCAGGUUCAACAAGGUCCUCCACCACCAGGUCCUUCGAAUCCGUAUAAUUCUGCUGUCCCUCCUAUGCAAAUCGCUGAGCAGCCAUCUGAGUCGAAGCCAGGAAAGGGUGGUGAGAUGGGCAAGAAAUUCGGCAAGAAGUUGGGGAAUGCGGCGAUUUUCGGUGCGGGUGCUACGAUUGGUGGCAAUAUUGUCAAUUCAAUCUUCUGAGUGGUUUCUCUUGUAUUAUUGUCACUGCCUCAAAACGGUCGGCUGUCUAUGUAUGGGGUUGCGCUGGGAUUGCAUUUUCGGUUUCCAUUUUUCUUCUCGUUUUCUUCAUGUCUUUGGCGUCGAUGUUUGGGCAUGAGGAUUGUUCGUUGAACGGCCGGCUAUUAUGAUGAUUGAGAUGAGAUGAAAUCCUUUCAAAACAGCGAAGGGGAUACAUUUAUAGUUCAUAGGAUUCCCAUGAUGGUGUGGUAUGAUAGUGGAUAUCUUAGGAAACGAAUGAAUUGAAACGGUAAUUCGAAUGUAAA